AACGGAAAUUGUGGUCCUCGGUCACAUGGUUACAAAUAUUCGCUUCCCGGACAGAGUUGUAGCCAUGUCAUUCGCUCGAAAUAGUUGACCCUGUUUGCUCAGAAAUUGAAAGAAAUUAUAGUUAUGGCCCCUCAAGGCAUUGGGAAUCUUCAUUUUCUCCCUGUUGUCCUUGGUUGCUUUGCAAUCAUUGCUUUCUUCACUGCCUAUGGCAUGUCUGUAAAGAGAAAGGAUGUCAGUGCUAUUUGGCCGUAUAUAAGUGAUGCAGGGUCUCGUGCACCUGAGAGUUGCAUCUUUGGACAGUUUCUCAAUAUGGCUGCAGUGAUUGCAUUUGUAGUAAUGUAUAUCCACUACAGACAUGUAAAAGAAUUCAACGUCACAGACAUGCCAAUAAUCUUGAAGCUUAACUAUUGGUCCUUGUGGAUAGCAGCCUUUACAUGCUUGGGUCUCUCCAUGGUUGCAAAUUUUCAAGAGACAAAUUCUUUGCCAACACAUUUGACAGGCGCUAUCAUGGUGUUUGGUUUAGGGACACUGUACUGCUGGAUGCAGGCCUUUAUUUCCCAUUUAAUGCGAAAUCAGGCAACAAGCUCUGCCCUUAGCUCUUGCACAAGAUUUAUUCUUUCAGCUCUCAUAACUGUGUUCUUUAUCAUCACACUAGCAGCUGGAGGUGCCGCCUCAGCAGCAUACAAAGAACAGCAUAAUAACAAGAGUGACAUGGCUCCUGAACUCAAGUGGAAAAAAACAGAUGAUGGAUACAAUGCCCAUCUGGCAAGUACCUUCAGUGAAUGGUUGAUGAGCAUAUGUUUCCUUCUCUACUUUCUGACAUACUUCCGAGAGUUUCAAAAGAUAAAUGUCAUCAUUCAAAUACGACCGAAGAAUGCAGAGAUCUUUUCCUCUGGCCAAAGUCAUCAUGAUGAAGCAAGAAUAGUUGUUUAAAGUCACAAAUGAUGUCUCUUACCAGGUUUUACUAAGUGGAUGUAUGAUUUUUAGGUCUGAUUAUUUAUGUUUAUAUCAGGAAGAAGAAUUUAUAGCAGCAGUAGACCAUGGGAAGCCUUCCUGUACAAACAGUUCAGUGCUUCUGCUGCAUUAGUGGUGGUUUACUUUUUUUUUUCGGUUUUAGAGCAUUUACAAGUUGUUAACCCUUAACCCUUUAACUUCCAAAAGUGAUUAACAUGUUACUUCUCCCUAUAAUAUCCCUACAUUAUCCAGCAAGCAGGUAAUGAGAAUACUCAAACUUAUUUGGUUAAAGUUGUUAUCUAGAUCUAAGACCAAAUUCUCCCAGCUGCUUUACAAGGAAAUGUUUAGCAGCUAGAGGAGAGAAUUAACAAUCAUAUCAUAGGUGUUAAAGGGUUAAAACCCUAAGAGUGACCAGCAUCUAAUUUCUCCUGACAGUAACACUGCUAAAUCAUUCAUUAAGAUCAUGAGAAUAAAGGAAAUGUUCACCAAUCUAAGAAGCUUUGAUCAUCAAAUGAAUUCUCCUUGUCAGUUCCAAGAGAAAGAUAUGGAGAAGAGUAGGGAGAAUAUGGAUACUGAUGUUAGGGUGUAAAGGGUCAAUGAAGAGAAGUGUUCAGGAGUCUUUCAAGCAGCCUGUCAAAAACAGUCACAGAUUAGCACUGCUGUAAGGUGCAGCUUAAAGGCUGUGAUGAGUACAGAUGAUAUUGAAUGGUUGUAAAAUUUCUGCAAAACUCUAAACAAAUCUGAGUGCAUAAGGAAGGUUUAUGUACAUAAAUGUAAGCAGCUACAUUACACCAUUGUAUGUACAUGGUGAUUUGUUAUCUUAGUAAACAAAUUUAUGAUUGUUCAUAGCACUAACCCUCCCAUGGGUGACUAAGACAGAAUUUUAUCCAAUAUCAAUGCACUAAAAACCAUCAAUUGGAGGAUUUUUUUUUGGUUGAUCCAAAACCAAAUUCUCCCAACUAACAUCAGAAUUGUAAGGAAGACAGUAAGGAGAAUUAGUAACGAGAUCUUAGUAUUGAAAGGGUUAAUUAAAGUUCUGUUGAUCUUGGUUA